AUGGAACUUGGCGAAGAAUUUCUUUUGAUCAAGUAUACACUUCAUCUGAAGAAGGACAAUGACUCGAACGCAGGUCAAGAUGGAUCAUGUGAGACUGAUUGGACGGCAACGCGAAGCAAUUCAUCGGUAGCAUCUUCGAAACCUCAAACGAAAGAUAUGAGUGAUCUGCAAGGCAGUGUUGCUCGUGAUAAGCCUAAGCCGGCAGUCAAAGUCGAGGCUGUCAGCGCUACGCAGCAGCAGAGAGUCUCAAAGCAACAAGUGACAUCGAAGAGCUCGAAGAGUAUCAACCAAUCACCAUACUCUAAGAGUGUAACCCAAUCAAGUGAUUUCUUUAAUUAG